GCGUUGUCAUUUGCUUUAACCUCAAUUUCAAACAAAUCUGUGUUAUUUUUAUUAAUAAUAUUAAUAAUAAUAAGUUAAAUAAUGGCUUUAGUUGGUGGACUACCUGAUUACGAAACGCCGGGGGCUAAGAAACAACAUUUCAGCCCUUAUUCGGACAAUGGAGGGAGUAUCGUAGCCAUAGCAGGCGAGGACUACGUAAUAAUAGCCGCCGAUACCCGUCUAAGUUCCGGUUUCUCAAUCUUCACCCGCGAACAAAAGAAACUCUUCACCCUCUCCGGCACAACAGUCCUCGGUGCCACCGGCUGCUGGUGCGACACCCUAGCCCUCACCAGCAUGAUCGAAGCCCGUAUGAAAAUGUACGAACACGAUCACAAUAAACCAAUGAGCACCCCAGCAGUCGCCCAAAUGUUAUCCACCAUGAUGUACUAUCGCAGAUUCUUCCCUUACUAUGUCUCGAAUGUCCUGGCCGGUUUGGAUUCCCAAGGCAGAGGGUGUGUUUUCAGUUACGAUCCGGUAGGGCAUUGUGAGAAGUCGAUGUUCAGAGCUGGAGGGUCUGCUGGGGCUCUGCUGCAGCCCCUGCUUGAUAAUCAGCUGGGUUUUAAGAAUAUGCAGAAUAUUACGCCGGCGCCCAUACCGAAAGAGAAGGCUUUGAUUAUUAUUAAAGAUGUUUUUGUAUCGGCUGCAGAGAGAGAUACUUUAAUACGGGCGAUGGGAUAUUUGAUUAAGAUCAUUACCAAAGAGGGUAUCGUGGAGGAGAAGUUCGAGUUGAGGAGAGAUAGGUUUUAUAAUAAGAUGAUAUGUAAUGGAUGA